AAGGGGUAAACCUGCAACUCCCUUAACACAUAUCCCCCUUUUGUUUGCUCCCAACAACAAGCUCUCUCUCUCUCCUCUCUCUCUCUCUCUCUCUCUCUCUCUCUCUCUCCAAAAUGAUUUUAUCUUCGUAAUUCUCCGGAUCAUCAACGAUCAAACUCAAUUGAAACCCUAGAAAAUGUUGUGUAUUCAUCUAUCCAGAUUCAAUUAACUCUUCCAAAUCUCAAUUCCUCUCAUCCCAAAUCUCCUACAAUCAAAACCCUAGCAAUCCGGAGCCUUCAGAUUUCAAAUUCCCCAAACAAAAACAUACAAUCAACACAAAAAGCCUUAGAUUUUGUGCAUACGCAUAACAACUGAUGCUUUAGAGGAAUGCGAUUCGAGCUAGAUGUAUAAUUUGUGCGAUAAAUAGCGUUCCGUUAGUGAUUUCGAGAUUGAUCUAAUGGAAACGAGUAGUUUGUGUUGUUAGAUGAUGUUAAUUAGCGUAGGAUUUUACGAUUUUGAUUAGGUGUUGUUGAUGCAGAAUUGGAGUGUAUGUAUACAAGCUUCGAAAGCAGUAGAUUUACAACUAGGUUUGUUAAUUUUUAAUCUGGUAGAAGGUUAGGUUUUUGUUAGUUUUGCGAAAUGAGCUUGGAGAACGAAGAUGAUACCUCGGUUAUGGAGGCGUUCGAAUUGGUUAAUGAAUCGGAAAAGAAACCGAGAGUUUCGUAUACUAGAGAUUUUCUACUUUCGUUGAGUGAGUUGGAAAUUUGCAAAAAGCUUCCCAGUGGAUUUGACCAAUCGAUUUUGAGGGAAUUUGAAGAGAAUAGUAUACAGGAUAGGCCAAGAGCUCAUGGGAAUUCCGCGUUACAGGGUUUCCGUCGUAAUGAUUACAGCUCUUCACCGCCCACUAGGGGUGAUUCAAGUAAUUUUUCUCGUGGAGGCUAUGGAAGAUGGGACAAUCGGUCUACUGGAUGGAGUGAUAAGGAUGGGGAUUCGCAGUCUGAUACGCAUCCAGAUUCCGGAAGGUCUAAUUAUGGCAAUCAAUCUCGGCGACCAUGGCAAAAUUCCGAGCAUGAUGGACUUCUUGGUAGCGGUUCUUUUCCAAGACCUUCGGGAUUUGCAGGUGGAACCUCUGCUCCAAAGGGCUCCACAAAUGAACACCAUCAUCUCAAUAGGAGUAACGAGGCAUAUCAGCCCCCUCGCCCUUUCAAGGCUGGUCCACCUUCUCGUCCAAACACUCACGACUCAUUCAAUGACGAAACAUUUGGUUCCAUUGAGUCUACAAGUCAGGAUAGAGCAGAAGAAAGAAAGAGAAGAGCUUCUUUUGAGUUAAUGAGGAAGGAACAGCAGAAAGUGCUACAAGAAAAGCAGAAAAUGAAUGCAAAUAAGGUUAAAGGUGACGAAUUUACCGAUCUUGUUUUGGAAGAGGUUAAGGAAGAAGUGGUUUCAGAGGCUAGCGGUGAAUUGAAAACUGCAGUUCAAUCUGUUACAAAGGAUGAUUCUGGGAAAUCAUCUGUUUUGGUGCAGUCUUCCAAACCGCGCCCACUUGUACCGCCAGGGUUUAAAAGUACAAUUCUUGAAAAGAGUUCAACCACAAAACCGGUUUCUUCGAUUGAAAAAGAGCAGAAUCCAAAACCCGGAAUCGAGGAGAUUCAUUUGCUUGCCAAGGGUAACUACACUCAAAACGGGACUCUAGAUAACCAGAUGAACACACCAGCUGAUCAUCAUUUGCAUAGAAACUCUGGUUUUUCAGACGCUGUCGAUGGUGAAGUUUUUGAACUCGUGACAAAUAAUAAAAUUAUCAGCAACUCCAGUCAGGAAAGUUCAACCUCCCUCUUAGGGAAAUUUUUCGGCAGUGGUCCAACAAUUAAAGAUGCUGGCCCCACAGGUUUUCUUGAGCAGAAGAGUAAACCAGACGACCCUUUUAGUCAACUCAAUGUCCAAUCAUCUAAAUUUGCUCAGUGGUUUAAUGAAGACGAAAAGAAAGCGGUGGAUGACCUCUCAUCUAGCAGACCAAAUGACUUGCUUUCACUGAUCGGCGGUGGUGACAAAGCUAUCUCUCAAGUUCCGAAUAUCAUAUCUGUCGAUCCCGUUGCACCGGAAUUACCAUACAAGGGAUUUGGAAUUACCGAAACGCACUCAAGCUCGAAACAUUUGUUCAACAAUUUCAGGCAGGAGUCUGCAGUUGCACCACCUCCCGUUGCACCACCUCCAGUCGCUGCAGUCCUUACAUGUGAAGACCUUGAACAGACUAUAAUGUCAGAAUACAGUGUAAAAAGUUCAAAUUCGCAGCCACCUGGUUGGAGUGUUUCCAGCCAAGAAAAUGCGGAUGCUAUACCAGUAAAUAAUCAUGCAACUCAUCACUUGCUUUCGUUGUUACAAAAAGGAACCGCUGUUGAUGAAGGACCGAAUACAAACAUCAGGCCCGUUGAGGCCCAUCCUAGUUCCGAAAAGCCAAAAGAUGGUCAUGGUAAUAAUCAGGAAGCUGCUACUGCGGGUGCUGGUCAGAAUCUGUCACUCGAAGCCCUUUUUGGGACUGCUUUCAUGAAAGAGCUGCAGUCAGCUCAAGCACCCGUUUCUGCACAGAGGGCCCCACAGCCUCAUGAAUCAUCUGCAUCUAAUGUUGAUGGAAUGGGACCCACCAUGACAAAUUAUGAAAGCAACAAACAGCCUGUCAAGUCAGAUGAACCUGAAAACUGGUUAAACUUUGAUGGUCAACGGGUGGGUGUUGACUCGUCCCGUAAACAAGUCAUUGGCACAGGUGAAAUUCAGCUUCCUGAAGAGGAGAGCUUGAUUAUAGGUGGCGAUCCGGCAAAUACCCGUAAUCCGAAUAUAGGGAAAAUGUUACCAGCUGAAGUGGCGUUUGAUAUAUCGGAGAAACUUGCAAUUCUUAAUUCUGGUAAUCGUAUUGUUCGUGGGCCGUAUGACAUGUUGGAGCCUGAAAGACAAUUUAACAAUCAUACUCGUAGACCAAUGUUUCAUCCAUUAGAUCCAAACCCAAACCCAAACCCGCAACAUUUGAAUUCCCAGAUGAGAUUUCCCGAGCAUCUCAUGCAACGUGACGCCCAUCUUAAUCAACAAUUUCCCGGAAGCAUGCCGGUUCCUUUUCAUCACCCUGAUGCUAGGGUUACAGGGUUUGACAUUCCCGUUAAUGUUCAUCCUCAAAUGUUACCACAAAUGAGGAUGCAAGGCAACAUUCCACCACCUCACAUGCUGCGUGAUCUUCAGAGACCUCAUGCAUCCAAUGUUAUGCCGGAUCAUGGAUUCCCUUUUCCUAAUCAGCAGACCAACAUCGGUGGACUCGGUUUGCCGUUAUCUGUUGCUGAUGGUAGCAGUGGAAGCAACCAUCCGGAAGCAUUACAGAGGAUGAUGGAGAUGGAACGGUGGGCCCAGCAGUCGAAGCAGGUACGCCCGGUCAACACAGGACAUAACCAACAAGGGGUGUAUGGGCACGGGCCUGAGCUGGAUAUGGGCUUCCGAUACAGAUAGAUAUGGUAAGGAUAUGAAUGAUAGUUGUGGUGUGGUGUACAUGGGAUGUUGUUUGCUACCUGAAAUCCACAUUUGUAGCGGGCCACCGAGGUUAGCGUGUUGGUUACCGAAACCGUAAGAAAACAGAGAUGUGGAAGUUGUUUUCGUCAUGAUUUUUGUUCAGAUUGUUGGACAAAGUAUUCUAGUUAAAGUUUCGUCUUCUUUGAUACCAUUUGCUGAGAUUCUGAAUGUAGAUUCGUGAUGUUUUAUGUUGUAAUGCAUAUCUACUUACAGGUUAGUUUUGUUUAA